AGGAAACAUAAGAAAACUUUGAAUUGAGUCAUGAGGGGAAAAUAAAAAGUAAAAAAAAAAAAAUACUAAGCUCAACAGCUAAGGCCUGAGAGUAAUUAAACCGCACAUAGAGAAUAGGCCAAUGAAAAAUUAACAAUAACACAAUUUGUCAAUUACCAAAACCCAAUAGAAUUAGGAGAAGUGAAAAAACCACUCCUUCCCAAAGGUAUAUAUAUAUCCUGAAUACUGACCAUGUAUAGGAAAAUAACCUAAAAGUUGCAAAUCACGGUUUGUUUAACGGCUCCUUCGUUUCUUCAAUUGGUUUCGUUGAAUUACUGCAUAUCGUGUUUCUUUCAAUCAUUUAUUUUCAUCAACAACCAUGGAUUUUGAUGUAGUAAAAGGAGUAGCAUUAGCAAGGAAAGGUUUAACUAUGGAUUGGAUCAAACUCAAGACUCUUGGCAAGGGUUCCCAUGGAGUUGUUCACUUGGUAAAACCAACAAACUCGGUUUCCGAUGAUCGACUUUUCGCUGUGAAAUCAUGUCGUUACAAAGAUUCUAGUUCACUUCAAAAGGAACUACAAAUCUUUAAACAAUUUGUUGGUUGUGGUAAUAUUGUUCAAUGCUAUGGUGCUAUGUUAAGCAUUGAUGAUCAAGGGAUGGUUGUUUAUAACUUGUUUCUUGAAUAUGCUCCCGGUGGUAAUCUUUUGGACUUGAUGAGCAAGAAAUAUGGGGGCAAGAUACCUGAAUGUGAUGUCAAGUGCUACGUGAGAAUGCUACUUGAAGGGAUUCGGGAUAUUCAUCAGAGAGGCUAUGUUCAUUGUGAUCUCAAGCCGGCAAAUAUCCUUGUUUUUCCUUCUGAUCAAUAUGGUUCCAUUAGCAGCCUAAAGAUUGCUGAUUUUGGCCUGGUUAGGCGACCUGGAGAAAGAGAUAUGUCUAAGGUAGAGCCUUUGAUGCAAGCUUUUCCUGGAACAGCAGCUUACAUGCCACCCGAAUCUGUUACUGAUGGGAAAAUCAGUGCUGCAUUAGAUAUAUGGUCGCUAGGGUGCAUUGUUAUUGAGAUGAUCACAGGAAAACUACCAUGGGAAUAUCAAAACCUGAGGGAUUUGGCUAUUAAGAUUGGAUUUUCAAGACAUCCACCAAUACCUGAAACCAUUUCAAGCAAAGGGAAAGAUUUCUUGAUGAAGUGUUUUGAAAGGGAUCCUAGUGAAAGGUGGACUGCUGAUAUGCUUUUAAGCCAUCCUUUUCUCCUUUCAUACUGCAGUUCAUUGCCAUCUCCAACAAACUCUCUUCACCGUGCUCGAUUCAACAGUUGUCUUCCUUCCAUGGAACAACUUAAGGCGAUAUGCCUAGUUUUUUGGAACAACUUAAUGCUGCCAAAGCAACUUUUAAUAAGAUGGCAGGAAGGGAGUUGCCUUUGGAAUGCUCAACGAUCCAAGAAAAUUCAGUCUGCGAAUUCCCAGGUCUUCUGGAAAUAA